AUUUCACUUCCUCUUCCCCCGUCUCUGCUUCUCUUCAUCACUCACAGUACUGCUAUCAUCAACACUCCCUUUUGAUAUAUUCAUUACACUCUCACUAUUAUUUCAAACACUGAUUUACAUGGCUUCGCCAGAAAACUUAGCUACCAUUGAACCCUGGAUGCCUCGUCCCGCAGUAACUGAUUCAUGGCUAGCCGAGUACAUAGCUCGCGAUGCUGACACGUUAACCAAGGCUCUUCAGAAAUCCUUCUGCGCUGCUGAGGAUAACGUCUCCCCGUUUCUCGUCAAGCCCUUCACCGACGCUGCUGCUGCGACUACUCCCACGGUUUCCAGUCUCUCUGGCUCUGAUCAGGAAUCCGCGCCGAGACGGCGCGGCGCGGUGCCUGCGUCGGGGAAGAUUUCAAAGAGGAAGUCGCGCGCGUCAAAGAGGUCGCAGACGACCUUCAUCACGGCGGACCCGGCGAACUUCCGGCAGAUGGUGCAGCAGGUGACCGGGGUGAGGUUUGGGGGCGCGGGGGUGCCAAUGACGCCGGCGGUAGUGAAGCCAGAGCCUCAGAGGGCGGUGGGAAUCGGCGGAGGGAGGUUGCCGGCGGGGGCGGGGGCGGGGUGUCUGCCGACGCUGGACACGUCAGCCUUAUUGUUGGAGCAUCACCAGCAGGUUGUGGUGGGGCCAAAUUCGGUGGCUGCUGGGUCUGGUGGGCUUUCUGGGCCGGGCCCACUCCCUUUCGCCCAAUCUCUCGGGGGCCUAGACGCUCACGCUGCUUCCUUUGCUUCUGCGGGUUUAGAUUUUGACACUUUCUCCAGCUUUCCUACUCUGGAGUCGUGGAAAGUCAUGUGAGAGAUGAGAUUCUCCCCAAUUUUUCUUUUUUCCCUUUCCCCCCCCUCUCGUGGGUUCAGGAAGUUAUCAUCUUCUAGUGGAGGUUCAUAUCAGGGUAGCUAGGAUCUGUAUGUAAAUUUGGGAAGGGAGUGGAUAUGGGUGUAGUAUCUUUUUUUUCUGUGUAAUUUUAUGUUACAUAUUAUGAGGGGUGUAUUGGUGAUAUGGUAACUUUGUUUAUUUUAAUUAACCUAAUUAAUGCAAUUCCAAGUUUAUGUAUCAGCAAUGUGGUUUGCAUCUUUUUGUUA